AUGACAGAUCCUCAAGCUACACAUAAAGACCUUAUUGGGGAGAUAAUAAAUAGAAGGAAGCUGGGAGAAAAUAAGUAUCAUUCAGAAACGUCUCUUCAAAACUUAAAUGAAAAUGAGAUGGAAAAUGUUUCACACAUAACAAAAGAUCCCGGGGUGUUGAAUUUGUCACUAAAUGAUGUUUUAAAUCAAGAAAACAGUCUAGGACGUAGACGCACCGUGUCUCAACCGGGACCGACGUCAGGAAGCUUACAAACCGCAACCGCAGCUCGAGCGGCACGUCGUCGUCCGCUCCGUAGCGUUAUGUACGCCCCUGAAAUAGAGAGAAACGAAUUUGCAACCAGGGCAAUCAAAGAUGACGAAGGAAGUUUUGGAACACCUGUUGGAGACCGAAACAGCCCUAAUCCUUUAUUCUUCAAUGGAAAUAUACGUAGUAAUGGAGAUUUAAAAUCACUGAAUAACUACCGUAUAUACUUGGCGAAUGAUAUGCGGGGUGGCACAACUCCCCGAAAGCGCUCUGUCACUACCAUGGAUGCGCAGUCUUUACGUUCUGUGGAGACUCAGGCACCGCCGCCAACUAAUCCAGAGGACAACAAACGUCUCACUGCAAAAUAUAUGGCCUUGAUUUUAAGUGGUAUAUAUGCCAUACUGCUUAUAACUUUGGGUCUGUUAAUCUACCUAGGUGAUAUAUUUGUGCAAACCGCAAUUGGUUCGAUUUACUCAAUUAUACUAACAGUCAUAGGUUUCGGGUAUCUCCUAUAUUUAUUAUUUGACAUAAAUAGAUAUAAGAGUGUUAUGCUAAAGAACAAAAAAAUUAAAGAAUUACAUCAAGAAAGAAUCUCUGAAUACUGCAGAAAACGUGAAGAAUUUGGAACCAUUGGAUCAGAUGACCGUACACCCGAAAGCUACAGAUCAAUUGCAAUGCCGCCUGCUUCGCUUAUUCCUUUGAAUCAUGAUUAUUGUUUUAGUCAAGGUCGACAUUCGGGCAGCUUUUACCUUAAAAUGGGUGCUGCUGGUUUUGCUCUGGGCCACCUUGUACAUUCGGUCUUACUGAUAACUUUACAAAUAAAGUAUUUCAUAGACGAAGAUAUUAAUAAUCAAGACUGUAUAGAUAUAUUUCAACUAGUACUUGAUGUUUUGAAUCCCAUAUAUUCAUUCAUGCAGCUUUAUUUCAUUUUUAAAUAUUCUAAUGUAAUUAUUUUACGGGGACAGGGCUUGGCGUAUUUCGGUUUUAUGCAUAUGAUUGGCAGUAGUCUUUGCUUUUGGAUUUCGACCAUUGUGCGCGAAACUAUAUUGGCAUUGACUUUGUAUGCAAAUUCUAAAUAUGGAAAUUCAACAUAUGCUAAUGAAACCAGACUUAACGACGUAACAGAAAUCAACGCUAAAACUCGAAUUUUCGAUGUCAGUAAUCUUUAUGAUGAACAUUGUCAGAGUUCGGCAUCUAUUAUAUCUGUAUUUGAAAACUUAUCACCAUACUUGUACCCAUUUAGCGUAGAAUUCAAUAUCUUCAUAGUCGCUGUAUACUACAUAAUUUGGAAGAACAUCGGAAAUUGCAAUAAUGAUGCAGAUAAUAUUGAAACUGAUUCCAGCUUAGACGAAAACAACUCUUCGUGCAAAAUACCGACAGCAAGUGCAGAAAACGAUUUUACAAGCAAUAUGGUAAUUUAUGCCGACUGUCACGCUUCGAACCGUGGGCUAUUCGUGGGAUUGGUUCUAAUUGUUAUAUUAAUUGGAAUGCUCAUUAUAGGAUUUGUAUUCAGCAGCGUCGGCGAAAACUACUUAGAAAUGGGCUAUCUUCUUAACGACUGCACUAAGCUGUUUAUGCACGUCGUAAUGCUAAUUGCCGCAGUCAUAGCUUACAAUCAAACAAUAAAGCUGGAUAUAAAUGAACACCCUAUCUCCUUAUUAGAUGACGUGCUUCUCUUCGUAUGCUUACCAGCGUUCUUCAUGGAAGUAGUUCUGUCAAUGGUUGCCACAAUAAGUUUGCACAACAUCGUUAAAACUGUUGAUUUAGCAGUUAUGUUUAUCCAAGUAAUCAUCCAAACUACUCUGUUGGUUGAUGGUCUACGACGAUGCAGUAACAGCAGAAAACUGCGGAGAAAGAAGCCUGGGCGAGAGUUACAUAUGUUCCUCAUCAUAGCAAACGUAGCGAUGUGGCUGUUCAACACAUUCUCAUACAAAUCUCCCGAUAGAUUGGACGAGAGAUACGAGUACUACGGCAAAGUGCUUUGGUCAAUACUAGGUCAUAUCAGCUUACCCCUUAUCAUGUUUUACAGGUUCCAUUCAAGCGUAUGUUUUGCAGAUAUUUGGGGUUCCGCUUAUAAACCUGGUUCUGAACAUUGA